UGUGUACGAGCACAGGCCCGCUGUGAUUUGGUAGCCGCUGCAGUAGGAGGAAGGACCGCGGGUCUACCCCUUCCAUCGUUUACUUUCGACUCGAAAAUCUCUAGGUUGCCCUUUAUAGUAGCGAAUAGCGAACGUUUGAGUGUGCUAUAGUCGUGUUCUAUGAUAUUUACGUCGCUGUGUUCUCAACGGACGGACAUCAAUCGCCAUUUUAACCGCACGUUUUCACUGACAGAAGCGCUAGCACAACAAUGGCUCUGAAAAGAAUCCACAAGGAAUUGAAUGACUUCGCACGGGAUCCCCCCGCCCAGUGUUCAGCUGGACCAGUUGGAGAUGACAGUUUUCACUGGCAAGCCACAAUAAUGGGGCCUGGUGACAGUCCUUACCAAGGCGGGGUUUUCUUCUUGACCAUCCACUUCCCCACAGACUACCCCUUCAAACCACCAAAGGUUUCAUUUACAACAAGAAUCUACCAUCCAAAUAUUAACAGCAACGGCAGCAUUUGUCUUGACAUCCUGCGAUCACAAUGGUCUCCAGCCCUCACCAUCUCCAAAGUUCUGCUCUCCAUCUGCUCUCUGCUGUGCGACCCAAACCCAGAUGACCCCUUAGUACCCGAGAUCGCCCGUAUCUACAAGACGGACAGGGAAAAGUACAACAAAAUAGCCCGGGAAUGGACACAAAAGUAUGCAAUGUAGUGUUGAUAGAGCAGAAUCAACCAGCUCUAAGGCAAACGUUUGGGGAGCUUGAGAUGUAAAGAGAAAACAAACUAAAAAAAAACACAUACAAACAAAUGAAAAGUUUAAAAUAAGAUCUUGUUGGUUUCCAUUGGAGUGCUUUCAUUGAGCCACGCCUCCCCCUCACCAGAGUACCUCUGCCCCCCCAUUUGUGUUGUCUUCCCUACCCCAACCUGUCUCCAUUUUUCUGUCUUGCCUGCCCUGCCUCAAACUAACAGCCAACUUGCAAUUGUAAUAAGCGCCUCUUCUGUAGUACCCCUACCAUUUUAUUUCCCCCGUCUGUACUGUUUUAUUUACUUCCCUUACAGGUUGGGUUGCUCCUACAGCCUUUCUUGCGCCCCCAUACUCAGUCACCCACCACAAAUAGUCAAUCACUUAAAGCAUUCCUUUGAACAUCUAACUUUGAAGGGACCGGUUUCUUUUCCAUUUUGGGGGGAGGAGGGACACAUAAAUUUGGGGGAAUUUUUACACUCUGAAAUCCUUUGUUUAGUGUUUUUUUUUUUCUUUUUUUUUUUUUUUUAAUUACUGUUGAGAAAGCAGACCAACUGUGUUGAAGGGCACUCUGUAUUAAAUAUAAGACUACAACACAUACACAUGAACAGCCGUAAACCCACGUCACCCUUACAAUGGCCACCAUCUUUUUCACAAAGUGAAGGUUUCGGACCAGGUAUUUAAGAAAUGAAUUUUUCCUAGUUCAACCUGCGUUUUUAAUCCCACCCACACAUCCAUCUCCCUAUAACUCUUUAGGCUGCUUAUUUUCUUUUUGUUAUUUGCUUUUUUUGUUAAAUUUAGAGGCUAACAUCUUAAACGGCUCUGGGACUGGCUUGGGCUCUUGAGUGCGAGGAGAACCCACUCUUCUUGCACAAACCUCUGUAUAUUGAAUUACCUGAGAGGCUCGUUGAGCUUUGUGUGUUGAUUAAACUGUGUAAUAAAAAAACCUUGACUCCUUUGUUGACUAAUUUUAACACCUUUUGGGGAGGACAUGGGUGGACGGACAGGGUUAUUUUAAAGCUGGUCGUGCCUAAACCAGCAAAUUCAAUGCACUACCGCUAUUUGUUUCCUACUCUUCCAUAAAACUUGUCAGAAAUA